AUCCCACUCCCGUUCCGUCGAGCCCAGUCUGAGUCUGUUUGACUCUGGGGCUCCACACAGGAAGCAAGGCUCAAAUAUAAAACUUCUGCUGGAUAAAGGAUAAAAGGAGCUCCGAAACAAAUUAAAAGGAUACUGCGAUCGGAAGAGCUGCAGGCAUGAGAAGCCAGACGGUGCUUCUGUCUGCGGCCCUGCUGGCCCUCUGCUGCCUGCUGACCCCCAGACAAGGGGAGAGCGCCGGGGGGAUUGUGUCCCUGUUGCAGCGUGAACAAGACGAGCAAGAAGGGGAUCUUCUUCAGGAUGAGCCUCAAAGUGAGGCAGGCCAAGUGGAGAGCAUCAACAUUGAGGCCACAGUGGAGGCAGGUAAUUUUGGCAGAGUGAAAAGAGCACCGCAGGAGGGCAAAAAGAAGAAAAAGGACAAGAAAAAGAACAAAGAGCCCAAGGACCCCAAAGCCACCAAGAAACCCAAAAGUGAGAAGAAAGGGAGGAAGAAGGACAGACAAACAACAACGACAACUACGACUCUUCCACCCACCACAACAGCGAUCCCAACCGAACCGCCCACAGAACCUGAGACUUACACCGACUACGUCUACCCUGAUAUUGACAAUGAAUACUGGAAGCCAGAGGAUGACUACUGGGAGGGUGAUCCCACUCCAUCCGGACCAGCGUCGGAGGUCACAGAUAUUCCAUACGACUACUGGAAGCCAGAGGAGGAAGAUUCAGUGGAUCCGGUGACAGAAGAUGAUUUCGACUGGGACCCAGUGAAGAAAGAGCCAUCACCCCCAGUGACGGACGCAGAAGAAGAAUACUGGAAGCCAGAAGAAAAAGACCCAUACACUCCGGUGACAGAAACAGAUGAGACGUAUUGGAAACCGGAAGAGAAAGACCCAUCGCCCCCAGUUACAGACAAUGAAGAAGAAGACUGGAAACUAGAGGAAAAAGACCCGUCACCUCCAGUGACGGACCCCGAAGAAGAAUACUGGAAACCCGACGAGACAGACCCAUACCCUCCAGUAACGGACAUCGAUGAAGACUACUGGAAACCUGACGGAACAUAUCCGUCGCCAACAGAGACCGAUGACUAUGAAAUCUACUGGAAAGAGGAAGACCCAACACCCGCUGGCCCGGCGGUUGAUAAGAAGACUGGGACAGACGACAGUGAUUACUGGGAUUCCACAUUUGCAGUGCCAGAGAAAGUUCCACUCCCAGAUGGUGAAGAAGUCAGCCCCGAGAUAAAAGUAGAAACUCUCCCAGAAGAGACGACAAAUACUCCACCCUUUGAGGACAAUUGGUACGAGGAAUACGACGAAUAUGGAAUGAGGAAAAAGGAAGAUGAAACUGAUGAUAAAUGGAUGGAGAAGGAAAGAGAGCGAGCGCAAAAAGAAAGGGAGAGGGAACAGAGAGAGAGAGCACAGAGACUGAAGGAGGCUGAGGAGCGAGCCAGGAACAGACCACGUGUCUACAAAGAACCAAAGAAAUGUCCUCCCCUGGGAAUGGAGUCCCAUCGGAUCGAGCCAGAUCAGCUUUCCGCCUCCUCGAUGUCUCAGUAUGAUUUUGCACCUCAGAGGGCACGCCUCAACAUGCAGGGCUCAGAUGAUGAAGAUAACCCUCGAGGCGGAGCAUGGUGCGCAAACUCAGAGGACAAAGUUCACUGGUUCGAAAUUGACGCUCGGAGUGAGACUGAGUUCACGGGAGUCAUAACUCAGGGUCGGAACUCGCAGAAUGAGAGUGACUUUGUGACGUCGUACUUCCUGGCUUUCAGCAAUGACAGCAGGGAGUGGACAACCAUCCAUGAUGGAUAUGCUGACUGGCUGUUUUUUGGAAAUAGUGAUACAGACACUCCAGUCUUGAACCAGCUGGCGGAGCCUGUAGUGGCCCGCUACAUCAGAAUAAUGCCUCAGAGCUGGAAUGGCACAUUGUGUAUGAGACUAGAGAUUCUGGGCUGCCCAUUGCCUGAUCCAGAUGUUGUCCAGUACAGGCAAAAUGAAGUGACUCCAGUAGAUUAUCUGAAGUUCAAGCAUCACAGCUACUCAGAAAUGGUUGCACUUAUGAAGUCAGUGAAUGAAGAGUGUCCCAAAAUCACCAACAUUUACAGCCUGGGCCGCAGCUCCAAGGGACUGGACAUCAUGGCCAUGGUGAUCUCUGGAAAUCCCACGGAACAUGAAAUAGGGGAGCCGGAGUUACGCUACACAGCGGGUCUCCACGGUAACGAGGCGGUGGGCCGGGAAAUGAUCCUGCUUCUCAUGCAGUACUUGUGCAAGGAAUACACAGACCGAAACCCUCGAGCGCAGCGGCUGGUGGACGGAAUUCGCAUCCACUUGGUGCCCUCACUCAACCCUGAUGGACAUGAAGAAGCCUUUCAAGCAGGCUCAGAGCUGAGCGGAUGGACCACCGGCCACUUUACCUAUGAUGGAUUUGACAUUUUCCAGAACUUUCCAGAUCUAAACAGCAUCCUGUGGGAUGCAGAAGAAAGAGGCAUGGUGCCCAAACUAUUCCCCAACCACCACGUUGCCAUACCUGACAACUACCUACAUAACAGCUCUAUUGCAGUUGAAACCAGGGCCAUCAUCUCUUGGAUGGAAAGCCACCCGUUUGUGUUGGGGGCAAACUUUCAGGGUGGUGAGUCAUUUGUGGCCUACCCAUUUGACAGUUUACAUGCCAACAAGCCCGCUGAGGACAGGCCCCACAGCCGCAAGAAGAGACAGUAUGAAGAAGAGAGUUUCGAUGUGUCCGAGUGGGGACACGGAUACCAGGAGCAACCGGAUCAAGACUGGAGAAAUCGAGGCUAUUCGGAGCAUGAGUGGAGAGGACAUGGCUAUGACCAGGGACACGGUUAUGACCACGGACACGGUCAAAGCUAUGAUCACGGCCAAGGUUACGACCACGGCCAAGGUUAUGACCACGGCCAAGGCUAUGAUCACGGCCAAGGGUAUGACCACGGCUACGAUCCCAGCUACCACCAGAGUUACGACCACAGGGAGGAGGAGGAUGACAGGGAGAGAAGUGGCGGCUACCAUUACGCUGAGCCUGAGGAAGACCUGCGAGAGAUCCCAGAUGAAUCCCUCUUUAGGUGGUUAGCCGUGUCCUAUGCGUCCACACAUCUGACCAUGACACAUAACUACCACGGGUCCUGCCACGGAGACGUCAACGCAGGGGCGCACGGAAUCAUCAAUCGAGCCAAAUGGAAGCCAAUCACCGGAAGCAUGAACGACUUUAGCUAUCUGCACACCAACUGCUUGGAGCUGUCCAUUUUCCUCGGCUGUGAUAAGUUCCCUCAUGAGAGUGAGCUACAGCGAGAGUGGGAGAAGAACCGAGAGGCCAUGCUCAUCUUCAUGGAGCAGGUUCAUCGUGGAAUUCGAGGCAUCGUGAAGGAUGAGCAGGGCAACCCGCUUGGAAACGCCACCGUGUCUGUCGAGGGGAUAAACCACGACAUCACCACAACUUCAACCGGAGACUACUGGCGGCUGCUAAACCCUGGCGAGUACCGAGUAACGGCCAAAGCCGAUGGCUUCGCCUCCGUGACCAAACUUUGUGUGGUGGGUUACCAGGCAGGAGCGACCACGUGCAGCUUCAACUUAGUCAAGUCCAACUGGGACCGCAUUAAAGCGAUUUUGGCUCUCCAUGGCAACAAGCCAAUUCGCUUGGUCAGCCAUGGCAACACGAUAGUGCAGCCCCCGGUUGUCAACAGCAAUGGCCGUGUGGUUAAUGCGAACGGUGGAACCUCACCAAACGUACAACAAAGCAAGGAACACUUGAGGAGACUCAAAAUCGCUCGUAUUCGCCGUCUCCGUCAGCAAAGGUUAUUGCGGUUGAAAUCAACGACGACAAUCACUACCCUGCCACCAACAACUACCCCAGUUGCCACCACGCCAGGGACCACCACGCCCUGGUAUGACUCAUGGCAAAUCGCGGAGGGACAAUCAUCAACGCCCGGUGACUUCACAGACUCAUUGCUGGACUUCAAUUACGAGUACAAGAUUGAUGACUAUUAAAGCAACCUCACUGCGCUGAUAGCUGUUAAGUUCUCCGAACUACAGUUCAACAAUCCAGAAAUGUUUCCCUCAAUCAAGCUGUACAGUUCAAUUUAGUAUGUUGUGCUUGAAUAUCAGUGAACGAAAUGCUGGAAAUAUGUCUGUGACGUCCAUAGUUUGACAUCACAGUAACACGUCAGUGUGGCAACAACUAUAAUCGUAGACUAGAAAAAAAAUGCUUUUGGAUUUCACAUGUAGAAGUGCCAAUUCAACAUAAUGUCGUGGCUCCCAAACACUACCAUACUGUAGCACACCACGUGGUAUGGAUAAUUUAUUUUUGGUACCCUUCACAAAUAUUUACAGAGGAAAUGCAACUGAACAGAAGUGACACAAACUGAACUGCUUGGUGGAAGCAGGGCUUUCAAGUAAACAAAGUUCAUGUAUGCAACUUUCAAUCUUCAAGAACUGUAUAUUGUAUCACACCUGGCAAUGAUUCGUCAUUGACAAUUAAUCAUCUUUUCUGUGUUUGUGCUGCAUCUUUCUGACACAAUAUCCAGUGUUUUUAUACAAUAAUUUUUUUAUUACAGAUGCACAUUAAAAACUUUUUUUU